UCUUAAUUCUCAAUCUCCUUAUUUCUCUUUCUAGUCACUUUUUGGUCUUACCGUCUUACCCCAAACCAAGAAAACAAUGCGACUAACCCACCUCCACAACCAAUCCAACUCGGAAUGAAACUCACUGAGUUUGAUACCUCCAUAACCAUGGCGGCCAAACCUUCUUCUUCUUCUUCUACUACCUCAUCUCAUCUUAAUCGUUCUGUUCUCGUCAUCGAUCUUAAUCAAGUACCAUCACCUUCUGAAACCCUACCUUCACCUUCGUCUUCGUCUUCUACCUUCAUUCUCUCUCCGACUUCUCUUGUUCGUUCCAUUCAUGAUAACCCUAACCUUCCUGAAGGUUUGCCGGCUGAGAUCCCUAAUGGUGUUGAUGUUUUGCCCUGUGCCGUUUGUGGUUGUUCUUCGGCGUUUGACUCUGAUAGGUUGGUUUGUGAUGGAUGUGAACGUGGUUUUCAUUUUUCUUGUACUGGAUUUCCUCUUCCGUCUACGGUUAAGCCGGAGGAUUGGCUUUGUAGGUUUUGUGUUGCUGAUGGUGUUUCUAGUAACCGUUGGCAGCUUGGGAGGAAGGAGGAUCGAGCUGUUAGACUUAUUGAUAUGAAUGCUUCACCGCCUAGCGAUGGCGAUGGAGAAGCUCUGGUCACGGCUGAUGCAGCCGCAGCUGCAGGGUCUAGCAGAAAUUUCUGUUUCAGUAAUAAUACUUUUGGAAGUGGCCUGCUUUCAUAUCCAAACUUUGUCUAUUCGGGUAAUGGGUUUGGCUUUCAGAAGGCAUCUGCAAUUGUAACACAUACAGUGAAAUUAGGUUUUCAAGAUAUUUUACAUAGCAAACUGUCAUCAGCUAGAGGUGUUGAUGACAUAAAGUAUGGAUCUCAGUUAGGUCGACAUAGGAGUAGUGGCACAGCAUUUAGAUUACCAUCAUGGAAUUCAAGUGAAGUUUUGCAGUCUCUUAAAGAAUUUGUUUCUGAAAGACAUGGUGUUUUAGAUGAAGGUUGGCGUGUUGAAUUUAAACAAUCUAAGAAUGGUUGUGAAUCGUAUGCUGUUUAUUGUGCACCAGAUGGGAAAAUGUUUGAAACCAUGUCUGAUGUGGCUAGUUAUCUUGGUUUGACAUAUAGUGGAAAUUCUUUGGAACUUGAAACAAGGAGUGACUAUAAUUCUACAUUACAUGGCAAUGGUUUGCAUCUACCUAAAAGAAGAAAGGUGAUGAAGAUUCCGGUUGGCAAUGGUUUCCUAGAGAACAAGGGCAAUUUUUCAUGUGGGUAUAAUAAUGGUUCGUUAUCAAAUUUCCAGAAAGAGCAUUUUAUGAGUAAGCCUGAUAAAAGUAUAGAAAUUAUGGCAUCUUUACCAGAAGAAAAUUGUGCUGCUGACUUGCAUCACUUCCAUGAAGGGCUUCCUCUUCAGUAUGAAGAUUUUUUUGUUCUGUCAUUGGGAGAGGUCGAUGCAAGAAUAUCUUAUCAUGAUUCCUGUCAGAUUUGGCCAGUGGGUUAUAGGUCAUGUUGGCAUGACAAAGUUACUGGAUCCCUCUUUCUUUGUCAUGUGCUUGAUGGUGGUGAUGCAGGACCAGUUUUCAAGGUCAGGAGGGUUUCAUGCUCUGCAAUCCCUAUUCCUUAUGGUUCAACAGUUCUGCAGAGGCAGCGUGGUACCUCUUUGAAUGGUUUAAGUAAAGAAGUUGGAGAUAAAACAAAUUUUUUGGAAGAAGAAAGCACUAUAGAGAUGCUUCUUGCAGAUCCUUGCUUCCCACCAGAAGAUGAUUCUUUGUCAUGGCUUUUAAGUAGUCCAAUUGAGGUUGAUGGUCAGAAGGUAAUUCAUUCAUCAUCUAAAAUCCAUUCUUCUUCAGAGAGAUCCCAAGAUGUUGUGGCUCAUAACUUAUCCACAGGGGAGAGGCUUGGUGAAUUUUCUGUGGAUGGUCGUUCGUCAUCUUUAUUAUGGAGCAUAUUAUCCCAGAAACUUGCUGAUACUUGCCGCCAAAUCUACAAGCAGAAGGGAUCUCUAAAGUUCUUCUGUAAACAUGUAGAAGAUGGCAUGUCAUCCUUAUAUGAUAUCAUGGCUUUUAAGAACAGAAAUCCAUUUUCUUCAUUGGAUAAAUUUUGCAGCUUAUUGGGCUCAUUGAAAGUCCCAUUGGUUGUGAAAAGUGAUGAAGAACUUGAUUCAACUCUUGAAGCAUUAAAGAGUUGGUUGAGUUUGGAUCGAUUUGGGUUGGAUGCUGAAUUUGUCCAGGAACUUAUUGAACAAUCUCCUGAUGUCCAUCGAUGUGAACAUUAUGAAUCUUUGGGAAGGAGAAAUGAUUGUUUGAGACUGCCUUUGGUUCGCAAUGGGCUGUUGCUCUUCAACGGCAAGAACAUAGAGCAAUGUAAGCAUGAUUCAUUAUUUUAUGGUUUGUAUAAAGAUUACAGGACAACUGAAGAGCCUGCUAGCAGCAUUCAUAAUCGCCCUGCUGGUACAGAUUUGGGCGCCAAGCUUCAACCUCAUCUUGUUGGAGAUGUUCUUCAGGUAUGGGAGCUUCUGCGCCGUUUUCAUGAAAUUCUGGGUCUGGAGUCUUUAAAAUUUGAUGAGCUUGAGGAAGAACUCAUUAACCCUUGGUUUGAGAGCUUGUCGAUGCAUGUAUCUUGUGAAAGAGACUCUCCAGGUGGUCAAAUCGUUUCUGCUGAUGGAUCAAGCAUCUUGAGUGAGCAUACUUCAGCAUCGAGUAGUGAAGUAGCUCAUCCUGGAGAGAACGGUUUUGUAGAGAUGCAAUCUGCUUCCUUAAGGGAGGAUGCUAAUGCCAAUCAAGCAUUGUCUACUUACAGGAAGUGCACAGGCAUAUCAUUGAGGAGGGCUCACAUCUCAUUACUUGAUGUGCUCGUGAGUGAGCUGCAGAUUAAAGUUGCGGCAAUGGUGGAUCCAAGCAUAGACGCAGAGUCUAAGUCACGGCGAGGUAGGAGGAGAGAUGUAGACAGCUCAAUACUUGCUAUCAGGCCAAAGCUUAAUCUACUGCCUAUUAAUGAAUUGACUUGGCCGGAAUUGACUCGGAGAUAUAUAUUGUCUGUGUUGUCAAUGGAUGGGAAUCUUGAUUCUGCAGACACUGUUAUGCGUGAAUGUGGAAAAGUCUUGCGUUGUUUACAGGGUGACGGAGGCGUCCUUUGUGGUUCACUUGUUGGGGUGGCAGGAAUUGAAGCUGAUGCUCUGUUGCUUGCAGAAGCCAAAAAACGCAUUUUUGGAUGUGUUAGCAGUGUUACUGAUCAUCUGACCAUAGAGGAGGAUGAUCCUGAACCUAUUGGUACUUCUGGAAAGAUCGGCAAUGGUGAUGGAAGUAUUCCAGAGUGGGCUCAAGCCCUUGAACCUGUGAGGAAAUUACCUACAAAUGUCGGAACAAGAAUCCGAAAGUGUGUGUAUGAGGCUUUGAACAAGGAUCCACCAGAUUGGGCAAGAAAGACCCUGGAACACUCGAUCAGCAAGGCAGUUUACAAGGGAAAUGCAUCAGGACCAACUAAGAAAGCUGUCCUGUCAGUGCUGGCAGAUGUUCUCAGUGAAGGCUCACAUCAGAAAACUCCAGAGGAAAGAAAAAAGAAGAUGGUUCUGUCUAUAUCCGACACUGUUAUGAGGAAAUGCCGUAUUCUUUUACGCCAGGCUGCUUCUGCUGAUGAAGAAAAAGUAUUUUGUAAUUUGGUUGGAAGAAAUUUGAUCCAUUCUUCUGAAAAUGAUGAUGACGGACUGCUUGGAUCCCCUGGAAUGAUCUCUCGCCCGUUAGAUUUUCGGACAAUUGACUUGAGGUUGGCAUUUGGAGCCUAUAGUGGUUCUCAUGAAGCGUUCCUUGAAGAUGUUCGAGAGUUGUGGAAUAAUAUUCGUGUCGCACACGCAGAACAGCUAGAGCUAGUUCAGCUGGCGGAAAGAUUGUCCGAGAACUUUGAGUCACUUUAUGAGGAAGAGGUUGUCGCUCUUGUUGAAAGACUGAAAGAAUACUCAGAAAUGGAACAGAUAAACGCUGAAGCGAAGAAGGAGAUUAAAGAUGUUCUUGCCUCCACGAGUGAUAUUCCUAAAGCUCCGUGGGAUGAGGGUGUCUGCAAAGUCUGCGGAAUUGAUAAAGAUGAUGAUAGUGUUCUUCUGUGUGAUUCGUGUGAUGCUGAAUACCAUACUUAUUGUUUGAAUCCUCCUCUUGCUAGAAUUCCUGAAGGGAAUUGGUAUUGUCCCUCGUGUGUUUCUGGAGUUAGUGUGUUGGAGAGAACCUCUAAAGGUUUUCAAUACAUUGGCCCACGGCAUCGUAGAAAGAAUCAUGGAGAGGGAGUUCAGAAUUACUUGGAGGAGCUUGCUCGAUUAGCUGCAGUAAUGGAACAGAAGGAAUACUCAGAAUUCAGUGUUGAUGAGAAAAUCUUGCUGCUUAAAUUUUUGUGUGAUGAGGUGCUCAACUCCAUUUUAAUCCGUCAACAUCUAGAGCAAUGUUUUGAAACUUCUGCCGAUUUGCAACAGAAGCUGCGGGUGCUGUAUUCGGAGUUGAAAAAUCUUAAACUACAGGAAGAUACAUUGGCUACCACAGCCACAAAGGUUUGUUCAGAUAUCCCAAUUGUGGCUGGAGAUGCUGAGCGAAAAAUUGGUAAGGUGGAUAACCAUAGCAUUUGUGCAGAGCUUCAGCAUGGUAUAACUGAAAGCAAUCAUGUUCCUUCUGUCUCUGAUAAUGCUCAAACAAAAGGGGAGGUGGGUUCUUUGCAUUCCAUUUUCUAUAGCAGAUGCCGAAAUGUUAAACACUUGGAGAAAAACAAAUCUGGUGACAUUCAAGUUAAGCAGUCUAUGGAUUCUGAUACUCAAGUUAAAGGUCUUGUGCCAACUGACGAUGAUGAGAAUACCUCUUGUGAAAAUCAUGGGUUCCGUGAAAGGUCAUCUAAACGUCACAAGAGCUCGUCUUUUCAGGCUUGUUUGGUUUUGAAUGAUGAUGUGCCGGAAACUAGUGGAAUCGAUAGUAAAUCUGUUUGUCAAGGUAAAGAGUGUGACAGUAGGUUGCUGGAUCUCUCCGCUGUGUGUAGAUCUGAAGAUCUUGAAGGGGUUUCUGUUUCUCCAGGCCCUUUGAACAUAGAAGCUGCUGAAACUGUUGUUUGUUUAGCUUCAAAGGAGGUGCAAGCUUCCAAUUUGAAGCAUAAUUCUGUGCAGAAGGAGCUGUCUGGACUUCAACAGUCAAUUGCAAAUGUAGAAUCACAGCUUAUGAUGUCUUCCGUGCGCAUGGAAUAUCUUGGUUGUGAUUCAUCAGGUCGGUUGUAUUGGGCAUCAGCCCAAUCUGGCGCACAUCCCCGGGUGAUUGUUGAUGGUACUAUGGCCUUGCAACCUAUAUCGCAGCAUGCUGGAUAUGGAAGCAUGGUGAGUGCUGGUAUAAAUGAUAGUCAUUUGAGCUUGGAGGGUUCGCGUGCUGGUUGUCCAUUUGUUAAUGGGACUAAUUCUUCUCAUCCAACUUGCUCCCGAUGGGUUUAUUAUCAAUCUGAAGAGGAACUUAAAGAACUAGUUAUGUCAUUAAAACUCAACAAUCCCAAAGAAAGAGAACUGAAGGAUUCUAUUUUGAAUUGGCAUAAGCUGAGAUCUCAUGAGUUGCAUCACUCUGGGAAACAUGAUAAGGCCCCAUCUUCAAUGUCUAUAUCUCCAGAAGAGAAUGAUAAGCCUGGUGCUCUUGUCACCAGAGCUGACACUGUGCUUGAGCAUAAAUAUGGACCUUUUUUUCAGGCAGAUAUGUUGGAAGAUGUAAAGAAAAGAUUGAGGCGUUCUAAAGGGACUAGUGAUGAAAAGUUGUAUAGAUGCAGAUGUCUUGAACCCGUAUGGCUUUCUAGAUACCAUUGUUUUUCCUGCCAUAGAACAUUUUACACUGUGGAGGAACUUGACAGUCAUAGUAAUGGCAAAUGCCGAUCAAGUUCAACAAUCCCUAGGAAGAGGAAAGAGAGUGGUGAGCCUCUUGGGGGCCGGACAAUGAAAAAAUCUGAAGCUCAGCAGCAUUUUUCUAUGACAAAGGACAGAGUUCAAGCUUGUAAAAAUGCUGAUUCUGAUCUUUCAAGGUACACUAAAUUCCUAUGCAAGGAUUCAAUGUGCCCUUAUAAAUUUGAAGAUAUAAGCUCUAAAUUUGUCACAAAUGACUCUAUCAAAGAGGUGGUGUGUGGAAUAGGAUUGAUUGGAUCAGAUGGGACACCAUCAAUUGUCCCUUCUAUGUCUCCUUAUUUGAAUGAUCCAACAUUGCGGAUUGUGGUUUCAAAUCAGGAUAUUACUGCUGAUGUUGAUCAAUGCAAGAUUCCUGAACAGGCAGUUGGCCAAAAUGAUCAGCCUGCAGGUAAAAGUUGCAUUGUUAAGGUUGAUCCUGGUGCUCGAAGGGUUAUGCCGAACAAACAUGAUGAGACUACUGAAGCUGGUUUGUUACUGCCAGGGUUCUCUCGUGAAAAAUCUAAGAAAAUUGUUGGGAGUAAUUUUGUGUCAUUCACCAUUACUGAUCCCUAUUGUAUGGUACCAGAGUCUUCUUUGAAACCAGUGGCUGCUAGAGGUGCUCAAAUACUACGACAACUAAAAAUUUGCUUACUUGACAUGGAGGCCGCAUUGCCUGAAGAAGCUCUUAGGCCGUCAAAGGUCCACUUAGAAAAAAGAAGAGCCUGGCAAGCUUUUGUAAAGGAAUCAGAAACCAUAUUUGAGAUGGUCCAGGCAACAAUUGUAUUGGAGGACAUGAUUAAGGCAGACUACUUGAAAAAUGAACGAUGGUAUUGGUCAUCAUUAUCUGCAGCUGCAAAGACCUCUACUUUGUCUUCACUCGCUCUGCGAAUAUAUGCCUUGGACAAUUCCAUUGUUUAUGAGAAGCCUUUAUCUGAUCUAACUUACACUGGCAGUUUGAAGCCCGGUGCUGAUGUAGAUCAGCAAUCACCAUCUAAUUUGGAUUCAUCAGAGAAAUCUAAGCAAGGAAGGCGAACCAGUAGGAGGAGGAGGGAUGCUGAGGGUUGACAGGAUUUAGAUGUUUUCUGCCUGGAAAUUUUUUCGAGUGAAACAGGAUUCCUUUUUGAAGUGCAUAGCAGCAAUUUUGUUAGUAAAUGAUGGUCUUCUCUGACCAUGUUUUGUUUCUGGUCAGGAGGGUUACGCUAAUAGCUAAAUGAUAUAUGUUGCUGCCCAUCACUGAGGUUCUUCGGGGGAUUCCAUGCUUACAUAUUAACUCGGGUGUUAGGCGAAAAAAAGUUUCGCAGAGGUAUAGCAUCCUAUUUUCGACUAAAUUUGUUGGAGCUUCUUGAUUGAGUUUCUUGGAACUUGGAAGGAAUGAAUACCUUUUACUCUAGGUAUUACUAUAUAUCACUAGGCAACAUUGAUAUAUGUAAAUCAGAAAGAUCAUGUAAAGAUAGUGUAGGAUUAGAAAUGUAUAAAUAACAGCCUAGUAGAAUUAGUCAAUUGCUCAUUUUUUUUCA